AUGGAAGCGAAUUGCGCUAAUGAAAGAACAUGCAUUUCUUUCAAUUUUCACCGAGCGAAAAGGCAAUGUCGUGCAUACGAAACCCUACUGCUGACGUCAAAUGCUAGUACCAAUGAAGAGGGCUGGUCGUACUUCUAUUUGACAAAAGAACAUUGUCCAUUGCCAUAUGCCUACAGUAGAGCAUUCAAUUACUGUUUGGGAUACGAAGGACAUUUUGGUAAAGACGACGGUUUUUCAAGGUGUCAAGCAAAGGGAGGAAGGUUUCUACUGAUCAGAACUGCAGAAGAAAACAAAUUUGCCAGUUUGUUAGCAUAUAAUUUUAAUCACCUCCAGAAUAAAUACGGCAGGCAAAUGAUUGUUCAAGGCGACUUCGAUUUUGUAGUCAUGACCUGGAAAGAUGAUAGCGGUAAUAAUUUGACAUUCACACUGUUCGUAGACGAAAGUGAGGCUAUUCCGAAUUCGACAUCUGCAUUAAUUAUCAAACAUACGAGCAAUCCCUCAAACUUUAAGAUGAUUUCUCGUAUAGGAAACAAAAAUCCGUCCAUAGUAGUGUGUAUAAUUUAA